CAGUGACAGAGUGAGAGAGAAAGAAUAGUGAAUAAUAGAAAUCAAUGUUGGUUACCAUUCUAGGCGGCGCCAUCUUGGACGCUCGAUAACGACGUCGUUUACUCGCCGGUCGCCGAUUCUCUCUCCGCAUCCACCACCACCGAUGGAUCGGGCGUCGGCGACGGCUACCAUGGAUAUGCCGAUCAUGCACGACAGCGACCGGUACGAUUUCGUCCGCGAUAUCGGGUCAGGGAACUUCGGCGUCGCCAGGCUCAUGAGGGAUAAGCACACCAAAGAGCUCGUUGCUGUCAAGUACAUCGAACGCGGAGAUAAGAUUUAUGAAAAUGUUAAGAGAGAAAUCAUUAAUCACAGGUCUCUCAGGCAUCCUAACAUUGUCAGGUUUAAGGAGGUCAUUUUAACACCUACUCAUCUGGCCAUUGUAAUGGAAUAUGCUUCUGGAGGAGAGCUAUUUGAGAAAAUCCACAGUGCAGGGCGUUUUACUGAGGAUGAGGCUCGUUUCUUCUUUCAACAACUCAUAUCUGGGGUCAGCUAUUGUCAUUCAAUGCAAAUUUGUCACCGGGAUCUGAAGUUGGAAAACACUUUGUUGGAUGGAAGUCCAGCACUUCAUUUGAAGAUAUGCGAUUUUGGAUACUCCAAGUCUUCUGUGCUUCAUUCUCAACCAAAGUCAACUGUGGGAACUCCAGCAUAUAUUGCUCCAGAAGUACUGCUGAAGCAAGAGUAUGAUGGCAAGAUUGCAGAUGUCUGGUCAUGUGGUGUAACCUUAUAUGUAAUGCUAGUGGGAACAUAUCCUUUUGAAGAUCCAGAUGAUCCAAAGGAUUUCCGGAAGACAAUUCAGAGGGUUCUCACUGUCCAGUAUUCCAUUCCAGACUUUGUUCAAGUGUCUCCUGAGUGCCGCCACCUUAUCUCUAGGAUCUUUGUUUUUGAUCCUGCAGAGAGAAUCACCAUUCCUGAAAUACUGAAAAAUGAAUGGUUUCUGAAGAAUCUUCCUGCUGAUCAAAAGAUAAUGAGUAACCAAUUCGAAGAGCCAGACCAGCCCAUGCAGAGCAUUGAUACGAUCAUGCAGAUAAUUUCAGAAGCUACUAUACCAGCAGCUGGGUCUUAUUCUUUAGAUCAGUUUAUGGCUGAUAACCUUGAUAUGGAUGAUGGCAUGGAUGACUUAGACUCCGACUUUGAACUUGAUUGUGAUAGUAGUGGGGAGAUAGUGUAUGCCAUAUAAUUUUAUCAUCAUCUAUAGUUGGAAGACAUCAUGCUGAAAGAAGAGCAUCUUAAUGUUCAGCUUCAAGAACUUCUCAGCAUCGAGGAAAGAGAAAUGUGGGGAGACCUGAUCCCACAAAAUUUAUCAUAUUAAUUUAUAUGUUGUACAUGCUUGUUGGAAAUGCCAAUGUUCUAUCAGCAUCACUUUUGUGAGUGAAGAAGGAACAUUAUUUUUACACUAUAGAAGGGUUGGUAGUUGGGGGGGAGAAAUGAUAGCUACCUUCCCUCUAUACCUGUUUAGCCUUUUUGAAGAUUAUACAACAGGGAUGGGGCUUUCUCUGGAGAACCUCAAUGUGAAUGCCUCAUCCUUGUUGUAUAAUCUUUUUUUUUUGAAGGUUUGUUGUAUAAUCUUCAAUACUUGGUUUAUGUUAUAUAUAUACAUUAGCCUUUUUGGUUCCCCCAGUUCAGUUGGUGUGUGGGGAAUCUUAUUUGCAUUCCCUGCUUAUGUACAGACACUCUUCAUGACUUUUCGCAAGAAGUUUGUGUUUAUCA